GUCUUUUCUCCAGCACGCGCGCCUCUCGUGACCGAGUAUAAAUAUCAGGCGCACGAGCUCGAGAACUCAAUGCACGAGAGUGUUUGAUGCGGACAAUAUGAGCGGACGAGUAGGAGACCUCAGUCCCAAACAAACUGAGGCUUUAGCACAGUUUCGGGAGAAAAUAUCAGAUGUGUUGGAUCAGCUGUCCAAUCAAACUGACCAUUACCUUCUUCGGUGGCUCAGAGCUAGAAGCUUCAAUGUCCCAAAGGCUGAGGCGAUGAUUAGAAGGCAUGUGGAGUUUCGCAAGCAUAUGAAAGUAGACACGAUCAUUGACGACUGGAGGCCACCUGAGGUCAUCGAGCGCUAUGUGGCAGGUGGAAUGUGUGGCUAUGAUCGUGAAGGAAGCCCAAUCUGGUACGAUAUCAUCGGCCCUCUUGAUCCGAAAGGCCUUUUACUGUCGGCUAGCAAACAAGACUGCCUUAGGACCAAAGUCAGAGACGCUGAGCUUCUACGACAAGAGUGUGAGAAACAGUCUAAAAAGCUUGGCAAACACAUUGAAUCAAUCACCAUCAUUUAUGACUGUGAAGGGCUUGGCAUGAAACAUCUCUGGAAGCCUGUUGUUGAGAUGUACGGUGAGAUUCUGACUAUGUAUGAAGAAAAUUAUCCUGAGAGCCUAAAAAAGGUGCUUUUAAUCAAAGCCCCUAAACUCUUCCCUAUUGCAUACAACUUGAUCAAACACUUCUUGCGUGAGGAAACAAGGCAGAAGAUUGCUGUGCUGGGUUCCAACUGGAAAGAGGUGUUGAGGGACUAUGUGGAUGCUGAUCAGUUACCUGCUGUUUAUGGAGGCUCUAUGACUGAUCCUGAUGGAAACCCUCUCUGUAAGACCAUGUUACGUUAUGGUGGAGUAGUGCCAAAGUCCUACUACGUACGGGACUCUAUCAAAGUGCAGUAUGACCAGUGCGUCACAAUUAGCCGUGGCUCUUCGUACCAGCUAGAUUAUGAGGUGCUCUUUCCAAACUGCUUGCUACGAUGGCAGUUUGCAAGCGAAGGGUCUGAUAUCGGUUUUGGGCUUUACCUGAAGACUAAAGGGAAUGAGACAAAGAAAGUGGGAGCCAUGCAGGAAAUACUGCCUACGGAACGUUACAAUUCCCAUCUCGUUCCAGAGGAUGGAUCCUACACCUGUGAAGAACCAGGCAUCUAUGUGGUCCGAUUUGACAACACUUACAGUGUGAUGCAUUCAAAGAAGGUCAGCUUCACUGUGGACGUGCUUCUACCUGAGGGACACUCAUCAGGAAAACGGCCAUAAAGCCUGACUGGAAUCACACUAUAUCCAGCAUUUAUUCACAAUUUUAAAUAAUUAUUGUUAUAGAUAAUUAUGAAAAGCAAUUGUACGCAGACAGUUCCUAAAAGAUGUUGCAUGAAGCGUUUAUGAUAUUUGAAUUACAAUUAUGUAUGACAAAUGGAAGCAGAUAUAGACUGAUGGGGACUAUUUGGUCAGUACAGAGAACUUCCUUAAUGUGAAAUAAUUAUAAUUAUGGCCUAAUAAGAUUAUGUCUCAAUGAAUAUGUCACUGAAUGGAAUCGAAUCACAGCAAUUAUCAUAAAAUUGAACUCAUGUUAACACAUUUAAUGGUUAAAUCCCACUAUUAUAGGAAGAUUAUAGUAAUCGUUGUAAAAUUUAGGUAUAGCAACCUUGAUCUUAAUCUUGGCUAUAUUUUAAAUGUGUACAUAAUUAUGCACUAAUCUGAGAAUAAAACAUAUGAUAUUGA